AUGGAUUUAACUGCGAGUCGUCGUUUCGUUGAAGUAGUUUCAUUUGACUCCUCAAUCGAACACCCAAAAAUUGGUGAAAAAAUACAUCUAAAAGAUGAAUUUAGGAAAAUAACACUCCCAAACGGUGUAGAAGUUAAGUUCGAGGAGAUUAUAGGCCUCGCUGGAGACUUUUAUGGAUUGCCUGAAAAACCAAUUAUUGAUUCCUUUAAAAAAGAAGAGGAAGACUUUUUACGAAAACAGCGCUUUCGAGGUGCCUACAACACACUUGCAAGGGCGCCAAAGGAUGAAUUACAGAAGGAACUUGACAAGCUGUUGGAUUUCUUUAGGAAAGAAAGAGUCCUGGAUGCAGAAACAGCGGACGAAAUCACUGGUGGUGUCUGGUUCCUCGGCAUUCCAGUUAUACAGGGAAGAAAGUUAGAACUGGCUGAGAAUAAUUACGACCAUUUUCUUCCUUACGCAAAAGACGCAUACCUGACGGGUCAUCAGUUGGCAAUAGAGAAAGCACGAGAAGCCAGUCAAUAUCCACGAGAUCCUGAAUUGAGGAAGAAACUCCUUCAUGAAGCAUUUUCAAAGGAAGCAUUUGCGUGUCAUUUUCUUACUGACAGCUUUGCCAGUGGCCACAUUAGGUAAUGAUCCCGUCAGGCCAUGUUCUUAUAUUUUCAUUUUUUUUUUUAUUGCGAGUCAUUGAUUUCCUGAACUUUUCACAGGGACUUACACUGAUAUGUGGCCUCUUGGCCCUUAGCAAUUACAACGUGAAAGGAUUACAACGUCAGAGGCAGUUUUUAGUUAAAAAAAGCCAUAGGUACAAGAAUCGAAAAACCCACCACAGUACACAGUUGAGUGUACUAGUUUGUGACGCUCUUUGAAUUUCAUUUACCGAUUGGUUGUAUUUUAAGUAACUAAAAAAAAUACUUUUGAUAUUGAAAAGUAUACGUACAUUACAUGUGAAUUGUUUUAAAAAGAAAAAUAGCAGUGUAAAUAUAUUCGUUUAUUUUACGAAACUUUGAUGCCUGCUUGCAGGACACCAAGAUUUGAGCUGGGAAGGGCGACCAUUCUUGGAAAAAAAGGCCAUUUACUUAGUAAGUACAUGCAUGACGAAGACAACAAAUAUGGUCUGCGUGUGACAAAUCUAAGGGGUGAUAAAUGGAUUGCAUAUGGUGAUGGGAUGUUGCUCGAAGGAAAGAGCAGAGAUAAUCUUAGGAUUGUGGUAAAAGCUGUGCAGAUUUCAGUUGAUCAAGUGUACGAGGCGUACAGCAACCCUACCAAAGCUCUUGAUCCUUCUGUGGUGACCGAAUUUAUACCUUUUAUUGACAUCGAGGAGACAAACAACGCCCCACUUUUUCAGGUGAAGGAUGGGAAAGUUCACAGAAGAUCAAACAUAAAUGAUCUUCAGGACACAAGUACUACUGAAAAUUGGUGGGGGCUAACAACGUUAGUAAAGAUAACUUUGUGUUGUUAUAAACCUAGAAACAGUUCUGUAUAG